AUGAAUGACGGAAAUGAUGGCCGGGACCCCCUACUGGUACCAUCUCAGAAUCGGGCUUCUGUCAGCCCAGCCCUAGAGCCUCCUCGCCCUGACAUCGAUCCUGAUACCUCUUUUCCCAAGAAGCCGCUUGCACCCUUGGUGUCAGACGCUGGCUCGCCAGCCGGAUCGUCGACCACCAAUCGAGCGUUCCAUUCCGCUAGCGCCUCAUUUUCGCAUAAACGAGGCGAUUCAGGUGGCGUUGUCCCGGAUGAUUUUGCCUCGGAUGACGUGAGUGAGCACGCGGUCGAGCUUGCCUCGUCCAACGUACCGAAUGGAUGUCGCCAGGCGUGGCAGGAGCAAUGGAGGCGAUCUGGCACCGAUAUAGCCCGCCCAUCGAGCCGAGCAAUAGCUGAAGGUCGAAUGAGGCAGGGUAGCCCGACUAACAGCGGUUCUCGCCUUCCUAGAGAUCCCACCCGCGUGGCGGACGGCAUUGGUGAAAGUACCAAUGGUGGCCAUCCAUCCCCGCUUCGUUCUCAAGCUCCUCGCUCCAGUCCCAUCUCGAAUGACGGCCCCCUGCCUCUAAAUCCAAACACCGAUCCGGAGGAGAUGGCCUCCUUCUCCCAAGCACCACAGCAAUCUGCAAAGGACCUGAGUUAUGGCCAGGAGUCCGCGAGACAACUGAGCAAUGCUCAGAAUUUCAGCGGCGCGGUCGUGGGGACAUCCGGAGGUACAUCAGCAUCAUAUGGGAUAAUCCGUCAGCUAGAAACUGAUUCUGAAUCUUGCACAGAGGAACACUUGAUUAGUGACGUCCGAGAUAUCUAUGCCGCGAUACUCGUGGCGGAGGACAAAUGCGAAAAGUGGGCUGAGGAGAACGAGGAGAACGAGAAUAGCGAGGAACGGACCCCGAUGGAUUCAGAAAGGUUUCAACAAUUGACUGGAACUCACGCCCUGCUACUGCGAGAGUACCAUGAUUUCUUCCUUUGCUCCCAACAUCCCAUGGCGACCCCCGCCUUGAAACGCCUAGCGGAGAAAUAUGCAAUGCCGGCACGAUUGUGGCGCAUUGGAGUCCACUCAGCGCUGGAAACGUUACGCCAUUGGCUUCCUGGAUCCUUGGAGCAUAUACUAAGUUUCAUCUACUACGCAUAUUCCAUGAUCACACUCAUGCUCGAGUCUGUGUCAGCCUUUGAAGAUACCUGGAUCGAGUGUCUUGGGGAUCUGUCGCGAUACCGGAUGGCCGUAGAAGAGUCCGACCUCCGCGAACGUGAGUCCUGGGCGGGAGUGGCAAGAUACUGGUACAACCGAGCUGCAGACAGGAACCCCAACGUCGGCCGGAUCCAACAUCACCUGGCGGUCUUGGCUCGGCCGGAUGUCACUCAGCAGCUGUUUUACUACACGAGAUCACUAGUCAGUGUCCACCCAUUCACAGGCACCCGGGAGAGUAUCUCCCUUUUGUUCAAACCGUUCUUGAGAGCAUCCCGAGCCAUUCAUCGUCUUCCAUUGGUCAGCGCAUUUGUCGCUGCGCAUGGCUACCUGUACACGGGAGACGUCGGGGAUCACCUUAUUGCGUUGGUCGACACGUUUGCAUCGCUCCUAGAUCAGACCAUAUGCCAAAUUGGUGUCGCCUUCCGAAUGCAAGGGUUCUUCAUCUGUGCCUGCAACAUUGCGGCCAUGCUGGAAUAUGGUAGCGCCGACGCUUACUUGAGCCCCGAGUUCUACGAGACAGACUUGUCCCCACCAAGAUCUCUUGAAGAGGUCUACGCCUCCGCUGCCAGUACCUGGAUUCCCACCGAUAACCUUGGGGCCGUGCAGACCGAAUUUCUCGCGUCCCGGGACUCUGCGAAUCCGUCGCCUCUACUCUUUUAUGGAUCUUUCUUUACUUACGACACCCUAGCCGUGAUUCUCGAUCAAGUCCCAGAUAGAAACGUGUACGCUGCCUGUCAUGUGUCCCUAGCAUUCCUUUGGUGCCUGGCUCAUACUCCACGAGGUAUGAGCCGGGUGGAGGUGGCCGUGCCGUGGCGAAAACUUGCCUCGUUCCUCAACGUCUUAUUCCGGAGCUAUAUCAAACCCCACAUCGCUGAAAAAGACGAAUUUCCCAUCUCGGAAGAAACUACCUGGGUGGCCGAAGACUUCCUCAUUCGUGGCCAACUCUGGAGCCAACUUCUCUAUCCUUCUGAUUUCUUCGAUAACGCACCUACUGCCGGUGAUGGUCGGAACAUUGAGCCGCCAUCUCGAGACAUUACGAGGAUGUAUCGCUGCAUAUGGCUGGGGAUCAGGCUUGCUAUGUUUGAACGUUGGAUCACAUAUGAUCACAGCGCGCACAAGUUUUCAGCGACCCCAUUUGCCCUGGAGCUGGAGAAGAUCGCCGAGGAACAGAAUCCUUUUGUUGCAAAGUCAACUGAGGUCAAGCAGGCCGAGGUGGAAAAUAAAGGCACGCACGAGACUUGA